CGCAGACAAUGCGAAUCCAAACUCGUUUUAAUAUUCGCCCCCCCCCCAAGUCCUGCAAAAUCCCCGAACCCGAGAGGACGUUUUCCGUUUUCUUUUCGCUUAAGGUCAUUGCUAAGAUCAACCGGGCCAGUCGAUCAAAACUCGCAAACCUCGAGAGUCUGACAUUUGCCAUGGGAGAGAAGGGCUUGAGGUCUCACUUUCAGAAUUAUGAAGCAGGGAUUCCCUUCGGUUUUUCUGUACGUGGCCCCCCCUCCCCCUUCUCAUUAGUUUUAUUAAAGCCUCCAGAAUUUUUUGGAGGUUGUUUUCGCAGUUUCAUGCAGCCAGAAUUUGUGGUUUGGAGUUUGGUGCUUGACUGGGGCGGGUGUUUUCUUUGCUGUUCGUGUUGUGCUGUUUGUGUUGAGGAAGCAGGCGAAGUGAUGUUACUAAUUUUGAACUCAGCAACUGUCUCCCCGCUCCCCCCCGCAAGGCUUUGCAAACUCCUAGCCGCGGCUGGACUCAAGGAAUCUAGGAACCCGACAGAUGUGUCCGCUAAUGCUCACCUGUCGCUGCGUGUUCUCACCCCCCUCGCCCCCUGCGAAACCGGAGCGGCCCGAGGAGAAGUUCACUCGCCUGCUGCAGCAAACAGCAAACGAAGUGACCGCCCUAAAGCCUGCGGAGAUGAGUUCCACCCGUUCAUCGAGGCGCUGCUCCCCCACGUCCGGGCCUUCGCCUACACCUGGUUCAACCUGCAGGCCCGCAAGCGCAAGUACUUCAAGAAGCACGAGAAGAGGAUGACGAAGGACGAGGAGAGGGCGGUGAAGGACGAGCUGCUGAACGAGAAGCCUGAAGUCAAGCAGAAGUGGGCGUCCCGGCUGCUGGCCAAGCUACGCAAGGACAUCCGGCCCGAGUUCCGGGAGGACUUUGUGCUCUCCAUCACAGGCAAGAAGCCCUCAUGCUGCGUCCUCUCUAACCCCGACCAGAAGGGCAAGAUGCGGCGCAUCGACUGCCUGCGCCAGGCCGACAAGGUGUGGCGCUUGGACCUGGUCAUGGUGAUCCUCUUCAAGGGUAUCCCGCUGGAGAGCACGGAUGGGGAGCGGCUGGUCAAGGCCGCCCAGUGCACCAACCCCAUCCUGUGCGUCCAGCCCCACCACAUCAGCGUCUCCGUCAAGGAGCUCGACCUCUACCUGGCCUACUUCGUCCGCGAGAGAGAUUCGGAGCAAAGCAGCAGUCCGAGGACAGGGAUCGGCUCGGACCAGGAGGACAGCAAACCGAUCACAUUGGAUACGACAGACUUCCAGGAGAGCUUUGUCACGUCGGGGGUGUUCAGCGUCACAGAGCUCAUCCAGGUCUCCCGAACGCCAGUGGUGACAGGCACGGGGCCAAACUUCUCUCUGGGGGAGUUGCAGGGUCAUCUGGCCUAUGAUCUGAACCCCUCGAGCACUGGCAUGAGACGGACGCUCCCCAGCACCUCAUCCAGCGGGAGUAAACGACACAAGUCUGGCUCCAUGGAGGACGACAUAGACACGAGUCCGGGGGGCGAGUACUACACCUCGCCCAGUUCGCCCACAAGCAGCAGCCGCAACUGGACAGAAGACAUGGAAGGGGGCAUCUCCCCCGUGAAGAAGACGGAGAUCGACAAAUCACCCUUCAACAGCCCGUCGCCCCAGGACUCCUCCCCAAGGUUGAGCUUCACUCAGCAUCACCGUCCGGUCAUUGCCGUGCACAGCGGUAUCGCUCGAAGCCCACACCCUUCAUCUACUCUGCAUUUCCCCACCACCUCGAUCCUCCCCCAGGCGGCCUCCACCUACUUCCCCCACACGGCCAUACGGUACCCGCCUCAUCUCAACCCGCAGGACCCCCUGAAAGAUCUCGUCUCACUGGCCUGCGACCCGUCCAAUCAGCAGCCUGGACCGUUAAAUGGAAGUGGUCAAGUGAAAGUGCCCAGUCACUACAUUUCUACCCAGAUGCUGGCACCGCCACCUCCCCCUGGCAUCCCCCGACUGGCUCUCUCUCCUGACACCAAAUCCACCACGACAACUUCCGAGGGCGGGACAACCUCACCGACAUCACCCACCUACUCUGCACCCGGCACGCCCCCUGCGAAUCGUUCCUUCGUGGGAUUAGGACCAAGGGAUCCGGGGAGUAUGUACCAGGCACAGUCCUGGUACCUGGGAUAAUCGCAGCUGCCCCGUCCCGUCGCCUCCCUUCUCCUCUGCUUUGGGCGUCCCGAGAGGAAAACAAGUAACAGCCCCAGGCCCAGCCUUUCGGUGAAGAUGGAGAGAGCGAAUUAACGAUGACGACGACAAAAAGAAAACGAGACCCACACCCAAGACGUUACAAGGAAGGAAGGAAGGAAAAGGUUCAAACUUUUUUAAAAAGUAAAAACAAACAAGAACCCUACAGACAAAACAGCGAUCCACACGCACGGCGACGCGGAGUCCCGUUUGCCAGAAACACUAUUUGCCCUGCCGGCCGACCUCCUGGGAAGAGAACGGACACAGCUCAUCACACAGGUCUCUCCCAGCAGCAGCAGCAGCGCCGGAGUCUCGCCUGCACUUCUCCAAAGGGUUGUAUAUGCAAAAUUGUCUUUCUGAUUUCCUCUUUCGUUCUCGCCUCUCGUGAGUAGAAAAGAACAAAUUUCCCAGGUUCCCCCAGCCCACCCUCCUCAGCAAACUGUUUACUUUCCAGGAGGGUGCUGGGGUGGGGUGGGAAGACAAAGGACCAAGGCAUUCGGUUGUUUCUGAACCAGAGGUGCUGGCUGGGGCGGGCAAGCGCUCCUUAGCGCUGUUGUUCCCCGUUCCAUGCCA